AUUUUAGCUUGAGAAAAGAAAAGAGGUUAGUUCAACACUUCGACUCAUACUGUUGGAACUCCAGAUGCAGUGAAAUCGUCUCCAAAAUGCUCUACCUCGCAGUCCCUGUUGGCCAUGAUCGUUUUCUUCUUCACAGAAACCCGAGAUUCCACCUAUGUUCCGGUGGAAAUCCUAAUUUUAUGAGAAUUCGCUCGUCUUCGGGCUUGCAGGAGAUCGAGAAAUCGCCUCGUUCGAAGGAUAGAGAGUUCGAUUCGCAGCUCUACGCUUCAAUUCCUUUCCCUCCAAUUACAGCAGCAAAAAGAGUCGUUUUGGUGAGGCAUGGGCAGAGUACAUGGAACGAGGAGGGUCGGAUCCAAGGCAGCUCGGAUUUCUCCGUUCUCACCAAGAAAGGCGAGUCUCAGGCCGAAACGUCUCGGCAAAUGCUUAUCGAUGAUAACUUCGAUGUUUGUUUUACCAGCCCCCUGAUUAGAUCAAAGAGAACAGCUGAAAUUAUAUGGGGUGGUCGGACAAAGGAGAUGAUUCCAGAUUCUGACCUGAGGGAAAUUGACCUUUACUCAUUCCAAGGUCUUCUGAAACAUGAAGGAAAAGCAAAAUUUGGUCAGGCUUACCGCCAGUGGCAGAUAGAUGCUGCAAAUUUUAUCAUCGAUGAUCAUUAUCCGGUGAGAGAGUUGUGGGCCCGUGCCAGAAACUGCUGGACCAAAAUCCUAACCCAUGAAGGAAAGUCCAUACUGGUGGUUGCUCACAAUGCAGUCAACCAAGCUCUAGUUGCCACAGCAAUGGGACUAGGGACGGAAUAUUUUAGGAUUUUACUUCAGAGCAAUUGUGGUGUGAGCGUGCUGGACUUCACUCCUAGAAUGGAAGGUGGAUCUCCAUAUAUCUGUCUUAACCGUUUAAAUCAGACCCCAAAUUCACCUAUAGCAACUGGAAGUUCAGCAGGUAGAAAAGCCAGUAAGAGGAUCAUACUUGUCUGUCAUGGAUCUACACAGAGCAAUAUAGAGGCUACUUUUCUCAAUUCUGGGGACAGGCAGAUGAACAUGCUUGGGGCUAUACAGUCCCAGAAAACUGCAGAGCUACUUUUAGAUGUAAAGGUGAGCUCUAUAAUUUGCAGUCCUCGCAUUGCUCCUAUUGAAACAGCCAUGACCAUCUCCAAAGUGCAAGAAGCUGCAGAUUGCUUGGGAGCUGACUGUGUUCCUCGUUCUGUGGAGUUGAAGCAAAUGCAGCAUCUUGAAGUUGAAUUCAUCCUUGGGCAAUCAAAGAAGACAAGGAAUCUGAAUUUGGAUGCAAAUGCAGUUCCACAUCUUCAGGCUGGUUGGUUAAAGGGUUAUGAGGAUGAAGUCAUGGCAGAAAUAUGGGAUCAAUCAGGAAAAGCCUGGCGAUCACUGUUAGAUGAACUAUCCAAUGGAACUGAUCCACAGCAAAAUGUGGUAGUAGUCGGCCAUCCUGCAGUUAAUAUCGCUCUGAUAGGACACUGUCUGAAUCUGACAAAAGAAUGGAUGUGUUCAUUUCAUCUUGAUGACGGUAGCAUAAGUAUACUCGACUUCCCUGAUGGCCCAACUGGAAGGGGUGUUAUCCGAUGUGUAAAUUACACUGCUCAUCUGGGGAGGUGGUCGAUUCCCAUCACACGACCAACACUGGAUGAUGAAGAUUUUUAGCUGUAAAUGUAAUAAUGUACAUUGGUCCAAAAUUAUGGAGAUCCAUGGACAACUAUUAUUGCAAGAAUCUAAUGACAGGCCUCCAUUAGAGGAAAAUGUUACUGCAAUGAUAGUCAUAUUUGACUUGGAAGGUAAUCAUCCAGCUUUGGAACAUGAAUCAG